AUGGCUGACUUCAUCGAUGAUUUUACCAAAAUUAUCAUCAAUAUAUUUAUUAAAAUAUCUAUUUAUAUCUGUGAAUUACAUGAAUUUGCUUCAAGUGAUAUACCUGAUGUUAUGUGUCAAUCAUCAACGUAUGCAAAUGAUUGUACAAAUGAAGAAUUAAUUGAAAAUGAAAAAUGUGGUGAAAAAGAAUUUAUUGGUAAAUUAAAACAAAAAUUAGAUAAAUUAGCACGUUAUGCGGCUGCAUAUGGUUCAUUAGAAGGUGAACCAACAUCUGUAACAAUAGAAAAACAGUGUGUAUUAAAUGAUCAAUUACGUACAAAACUUGAUCUAUAA